CUCCGGGCAGCAUGUCGGGGCCUGAGUGGGGGUCGCUGGAGCAGUGCUUGGAGCAGCACCUGCCGCCCGCAGACCUGCGGGAGGUGAAACGCAUACUCUAUGGCAAGGAGACCAGGAAACUUAGCCUGCCCAGCGUAGCACUGGACACUGCCUCUGCAGGGGACUUUGAACUGCAGGGGUACGCCUUUGAGGCAGCUGGAGAGCAGCUGAGACAGCCCCGCACGGUGCGCGUGGGGCUGGUGCAGAACAGGACCCCCCUCCCCACGGAUGCUCCAGUGGCCGAGCAGGUCUCCGCUGUUCACAGACGCGUCGAGGCCAUCGCAGAGGUGGCAGCCAUGUGUGGGGUCAACAUCAUCUGUUUCCAGGAAGCUUGGACUAUGCCCUUUGCUUUCUGUACAAGAGAGAAGCUUCCAUGGACAGAAUUUGCUGAGUCAGUGGAGGACGGGCUCACCACCAGAUUCUGUCAGAAGCUGGCUGAGAAACACGACAUGGUGGUGGUCUCGCCCAUCCUGGAGCGAGACUUCAUGCACGGGGACGUCUUGUGGAACACAGCCGUGGUGGUCUCCAACUCAGGCGCCGUCUUGGGGAAGACAAGGAAGAACCACAUCCCCAGAGUGGGUGACUUCAACGAGUCCAGUUACUACAUGGAGGGCAACCUGGGCCACCCAGUGUUCCAGACCCAGUUCGGGAGGAUCGCUGUGAACAUCUGCUACGGGCGGCACCACCCCCUCAACUGGCUCAUGUACAGUGUCAAUGGGGCAGAGAUCAUCUUCAACCCCUCGGCCACCAUUGGAGCACUCAGCGAGUCCCUGUGGCCCAUCGAGGCCAGAAACGCAGCCAUCGCCAAUCACUGCUUCACCUGUGCCAUCAACCGCGUCGGCGAGGAGCACUUCCCGAAUGAGUUUACCUCUGGAGAUGGGAAGAAAGCACAUCAGGACUUUGGCUACUUUUAUGGCUCCAGCUACGUGGCAGCUCCAGACAGCAGCCGUACGCCCGGGCUCUCCCGGAACCGGGACGGGCUGCUGGUAGCCGAACUCGACCUCAACCUAUGCCGGCAGAUGAACGACAUCUGGAACUUCAAGAUGACGGGCAGGUAUGAGAUGUAUGCGCGGGAGCUUGCCGAGGCUGUCAAGCCCAGCUACAGCCCCAAUAUUGUGCACGAGUUGCUGACCUUCAGCCCCAGACUGCCCAGAAAAGGCACCUCUGCCCUCAGCAGAUUAGCAAGUCAGACGAGCUUAAUGGAUCCAAGUUCUCCCUGAAAAUGGCAAUGUCCAGCUGGGUUCAAAAUGCCCAGAUUGGGGGAGGGGGUAUAGGGAGCAACUGCUUAAUGGGCACGGGGUUUCCUUUUGGGAUGAUAGAAAUGUUUUUGAAAUAGAUAGAAGUGAUGAUUGCACAACAUUGUGAAUGUACUAAAUGCCACUAAAUUGUAUACUUAAAAAUGGUUAAUUUUAUGUUAUAUGAAUUUCACCACAAUUGAAAAGAAAUUUCCAGGCACUGCUUUUGCAGGGUGACUUGGUCAGACA